UGGUGCUGUAGGCAAUUUUAUCAAUUUGUUCACUGGGAGAAUUCAUCCAGCUCCCACCGCCCAUCCACUUGACUAACAAAUCAAGUUCAAUUGAAAUGGCUGAGGUUGUCCAAUUGAGCCUCAGUUUAUUUCCAUCCGCGUAUGCGAGCAGUUGCGCCAUGUGUCCGAUUUUCACCGCUCUGUUUGUAAUCGCUGCCUUUUUGGCCUUGAUCUACGUCUUCCUGACCUGGAACUUUAACUACUGGAAGAAGAGGGGCAUUCCGUCUGCCAAAACAUGGCCUUUUGUGGGAAGUUUUCCCAGCAUUUUCACGCAAAAGCGCAACGUGGUCUACGACAUCGAUGAGAUCUACGAGCAGUACAAGAACUCUGAUAACGUCGUGGGAGUUUUCCAAACCAGACUACCACAACUUUUAAUUACCAGUCCAGAAUAUGCGCGCAAGAUUUUUGUCAGUGAUUUCCGCAGCUUCCAUGACAAUGAAAUGGCAAAGUUUGUAAGUAAAAACAAAGAGGUGGACAAGAUUCUGGCCAACAAUCCGUUUAUAUUGACGGGUGAGUCGUGGAAGGAGAGACGGGCUGAGGUUACACCUGGACUUUCGGCAAAUCGGGUUAAAGCUGCCUAUCCGGUGUCGCAAAGCGUUUGUAAAAAGUUUGUUGACUAUAUUAAGCGACAGCUUGUGAUGGCCUCCGCCGAUGGUCUAAAUGCCAAGGACAUGUGCUUAUGCUAUACCACCGAAGUGGUUUCCGACUGCGUCCUUGGAAUCUCCGCACAGAGUUUUAGCGAUAAUCCCACACCGCUGGUCGGAAUGAUCAAGCGCGUCUUCGAGCAGUCCUUUGGCUUCAUCUUCUACAUGGUGGUGGCCAAUCUGUGGCCAAAGAUCACCAAGUUCUACACCGUCGGCCUGUUCGCCAAGGACGUGGAGGAGUUCUUCUACGAUAUCAUGAGGAAGUGCAUCCAAAUGAGGCGGGAUAAUCCGGGACAACAGCGAGAUGACUUCCUCAACUACAUGUUGCAGUUACAGGACAAAAAGGGUCUGGACACAGUGGAGCUGUCCUCGCACACCAUGACAUUCCUAACUGACGGGUUCGAGACCACUUCACAAGUCCUGUCCCACUGCCUUCUUUUGCUCGGUCGCAAUCCGGAGGAGCAGACAAAGUUGCGGGAGGAAAUCGGCACUGGCGAGCUAUCCUUCGAGCAGUUGAGUGAGCUGCCCUUCAUCGACGCCUGCAUUCAUGAGACUCUGCGACUUUUCUCACCUCUGAUGGCUGCCCGCAAAUUGGUAACUGAGCCCUACGAGUUUGUCAAUAAAAAUGGAGUCAAAGUGAAAGUCUAUCCCGGAGAUGUGGUCAUCAUACCGGCCAAUGCCUUCCACUACGAUGCUCAAUACUUCGAAGAUCCGCAGUCUUUUAAACCUCAACGAUUCCUGGAGGUUAACGGAGGAGUCAAGAAGUACAGAGAUCAGGGCGUUUACUUUGGUUUUGGCGAUGGACCCCGCAUUUGUCCAGGCAUGCGGUUUGCACUUACCCAAAUUAAAGCUGCUCUGGUGGAAAUCAUCCGGAACUUUGACGUCAAGGUUAAUCCCAAGACACGCACGGAUAAUCGCUUCGACGAUACCUACUUUAUGGCCGCCUUGAAGGGAGGCGUUUGGCUGGAUCUUGUAGAGCGAAAAUAGUUUAUCAUGAAAAAUUACCUCUUUUCUGCUACCAUUUUGCUUUUAUAAACAAGUUAAUCAAUCAAAA